GGGUUGUAGGACUAGACGUUUCUGUGCCGCGGGUGUCUGCAGUACGCGGACUCUCGCUAGCGCAGCUAAAUGGGAAAUGAAGGCUUGUUUUUAUGUUUCUGUUUUUGUCCUUUCUGCGGGAAAUGGGGAAUAAAUAGAGAUGUCUGUGCCAGUUAACUUCGUGAAUGAAUAAUUUACUUGACUACGCCUCUAGAAAAGCUAGCCUAGGGUGGAGCUCGACAUUGGAGCGGAUCAUUUGAUGUCUGGACUGGAGUAGUAUCGUUGAGACCAAAGUGGAAGUUAAAACGAAGAGUUUUUUUUUUAUUACUUUAAUAUUCUGAACACUUCAGAAAGGUUAAAGAAUUAUGGACUCUGAAACUGUCGCAGAGUGUGCGGGCUCGUAACGGUGCUGAAUCUGGCCAAAUGAGAAGAUUUUCUGUUUUGAGCAAUGCAAUUAAAAAGUUUAUGAACUGUUGUUUAAAAUCAGGCUCCAUACUCAAGUUCUGAGCUCCCUCUCUCCUCAAGAGGACCAAUGGCUCUGGGAUCUCAGUGAUGCUUGUCAUGUGUCACUACAAUUCAUCGGACUGCACACCUCCCGUAGGACUGUCCAACCAGAGCCAGGGGAGUGUGACCACAGUUUUCUGGGACAACAAGACAUCUGGGAGGUCCAUGUCAUCAAUUAAUGAUCCCACCACAGCGGGACUUUUAAUGACUUUGGGCAUUCUCUUCAACAUUGUGGCAAUGGUGAUCCUAGUGAAGGCCUACUCCCAGUUGCGCAGGCGCUCCAAAGCUACCUUCCUUCUGUUUGCAACUUCCUUGGUGGCUACAGACCUGGCUGGGCAUGUCAUCCCUGGUGCCCUGGUGCUGCGACUUUACCAAGCCAAGGCAGUACCUGCCCCCCUGUACUCUACUGACAUCCCCUGCCAGUUCCUAGGUGGCUGCAUGGUCUUCUUUGGUCUGUGCCCUCUUUUCCUGGGCUGUGCUAUGGCAGCGGAACGGUGCCUGGGUGUGACACGACCACUGCUACAUGCUUCGCUGGUCACUAGCACUCGAACCAAAGUCUGUCUCUCCAGCAUCUGGCUGUCAGCACUCUUUGUGUCCCUGCUGCCCAGCUUCCAUUUGGGCUCUUACACCUACCAGCACCCAGGAACCUGGUGUUUCAUCAAUGUCCUGAAUAACACAAAGGCAACAGAUGUGGCCUUUGUUGUGCUUUUCUCUGGGCUGGGCCUGGUGUCCCUGGCAGUAGCGCUGGUCUGCAACACGGUCAGUGGGCUCACGCUUGUGCGGGCCAGGAUGAGACGGAAACUCAGCAGGCGUCAUUCCGCCAAGUCCCACGACGUUGAAAUGGUGGUGCAGUUAGUGGGCAUAAUGGUCACGUCAUGCUUAUGCUGGAGUCCCCUGCUGAUUUUCGCUUUGAUCUCAGUAAUCCAUUCCCGCAGCCAGUCUGCAGACAGGGAUCUGGACACUUACAAGAGACUUAUGAUGAUGGGCGUUCGCCUGGCCACCUGUAACCAGAUUCUGGACCCCUGGGUUUACAUUCUACUUCGCCGCUCUGUGCUGAGGAAGAUCUGCCUCAUGACCAGCCCCAGGGUAAAUUUCAGGAGGCACACCUUCCGCCGAUGGGAGGUCAGCUCCUUUCAGAGCUCAGAGAAAUACACCAUUAACCAAAUCUAAGGCUGCUACAGUAGGAAAGGACAUGUCUUAGACUAAAGUUAAAUGGAAGUCAGGACUGUGAUUGAUGUUCUCAGAGUUAUUUUCUAAAACAUGUUGAAACCUUCUUGUGCUGCUUGUACUUGCAGCAGACUGCAUCUCGAUACAUAUGUGUCAAUGAAAUUGUUGUUUUUUUUAAAUCAGUGUUUGUGGCAUUUAGGAUUUGAUUGUCUGGCGUGGUUGUUUACAAAUAUGCUCUAAACUGAAAUAAACAGUCAUGCAGAUGGACUUCUACAUAUUGCUGUAACAAAGCAAAG